AUGAUGUUCUUGAGCGAAAGAAAAACGAUACGCAGAAACUUCUCGAGGAAACAAUCCAAACCCUCCAUUUCACUUCUGAAAGCCAUGAAGAAUAUCCCCCUGCCCUUACUUCUGAGAAUGGAAACCCUCUUCAAGGACCACUUGGAAAGAUUACUGAGGUCGAUACUGAUGCAGACAAUAGCAUGGACACAUCACUUUAAUGCUGUUCAUGCAGAAAGAGUAUUAAGAAAACACAGUCACAAGAAUCAAUUUCCUCGGUAA